GGAUCCAGUGAACUAACCAGCCGUUUCCUGUCAGCUUCCAGCUCAUUGGACGGAGAUCAGGAUGUUCUCAGGUGUCUGCAGUCAGAUCCAGAAGGACCGGCUGAGGGCGUCCGGUGUGGGCUCGGUCCAGCAGGCCAUCCACUACCUGAACCAGGACUUCCAGGCCUUGAAGCAGGACUGUCUACAGAACAGAUCCUUGUUUCAGGAUCCAAUGUUCCCCGCAGAACCCGCCUCACUGGGCUUCAAGGAACUCGCACCGUUCACCGCCAAAACCAGAGGGGUCGAGUGGAAGCGACCCACGGAGCUGACAGAGAGCCCUCAGUUCAUUGUGGGCGGAGCAACCAGGACAGACAUCUGCCAGGGAGCGCUAGGUCCGACGCUCGGUCCUGAGAGGGGUGGAGAGGAGGUUGGCAUCAGAGGAGCUGAGGUUUCGGAGGGAGUGUACGGGUGGAGCAGGUCAGCGAGGGAGGGGGUGCCGGGGGCUUUGAAG